AUGCCGCUGUCCAUCCUCGUGCCUUUGGUUACCGCAAGUCUGGCUUUGUCGGACGCGAUCCCCGAAGAGAGUAAGGGAACCUGUGCCUUGCAGACCAAGGUGACGAAAAAUGCCGCAGUGCAGCCUCUUACAUGCAGCGCAGAGGAGAUGUGGUGCCAUGAUCCCAUGACAAUGACCGAGAGCUGCCACCCCAAGAGCGCAGGCUGCCCCGUCACCUGCCUCCCUGGUGAGCACGUGUGCCACGAGCCGCAGAUGUUCGAGGGCAGUGAUGCCUACAACUAUUGUUCCUCCUACACUUGCCCGGUGUACUGCAGGUUCGAUGAGGUCUGGUGCCAUGAUCCCAACACCAUGGUUGAGAGCUGCCACAAUAAGACCGAAGGCUGCCCGGUGACUUGUUAUGGCAGCGAUCAUUUGUGCCACAUGCCGCCAUCGUGCGAGGGCUGUGAGGGCUACAACUGGUGUCAGUCGGUCCCUUGCCCAGCAUAUUGCAGCAUGGACGAAGUGCAUUGCUAUGAUUCUGCCACCAUGAUUGAGAGCUGCCACCCUUUGAGCGCUGGCUGCCCUGUGACAUGCUCGCCAGGUGAGAGCUUAUGCCACGAAAAGCCGACAUGUGACACCUGUCAGGGAUACAACUACUGUCACCACGGCGCCUGUCCAGUCUACUGCGAGAUGCACGAAGUAAUGUGCCAUGAUCCCAGCGCCAUGAUCAACAGUUGCCACAACAAGACCGAAGGCUGCCCGGUCACGUGUUUUGGCAACGAGCAUGUGUGCCAUACGCCGCCGCAAUGUGAGGGCUGUGAUGGCUAUAACUGGUGCCAAUCGUCCCCUUGCCCAGCAUAUUGCGGCACGGAUGAAGUGCAUUGCUAUGAUUCCGCCACCAUGAUGGAGAGCUGCCACCCUUUGAGCGCUGGCUGCCCUGUGACAUGCUCGCCAGGCGAUAGCGAGUGCCACGAGCCGCCGACAUGUGACAGCUGUCCAGGACACAAUUACUGUCACCCUGGGCCCUGUCCGGUGAUCUGUGGAGUGGAUGAGGUUGUUUGCCAUGAUGUCCACACCAUGACAGACAGCUGCCACCCCGCAAGUAUCGGCUGCCCGGUCACAUGCCCGCCAGGUGACACCGUGUGCCACAUGCCGCCGACAUGUGACACGUGUCAGGGAUACGACUACUGUCAUCCCGGCAGCUGUCCAGUUCACUGCGGGAUGCACGAAGUGAUGUGCCAUGAUCCCAGCACCAUGACCGACAGCUGCCACAAGAAGUGCGCUGGCUGCCCGGUCACGUGUCCUGCCGGUGAGAAUGUGUGCCACAUGCCGCCACAAUGUGAGGGCUGUGAUGGCUACAAUUGGUGCCAACCGUCCCCUUGCCCAGUCACUUGCGGCAUGAACGAAAUGGUUUGCCAUGAUUCCAACACCAUGACGGACACCUGCUAUCCAGCAAGUUCUGGCUGCCCAGUGAGCUGUGCUGCCCAUGAGUAUGUCUGCCACACUGCGCCAACUUGUCAGGGAUGCCACGGAGGAGGAAGCGCGGACUACACCAUUGGCUUCAUCUUCCUCACCCUGCGGUGCAGUCACGUCACCGUGGUCGGCGUGGAGUUGUCCUGCUGA